GCCUUCGAACAGAGAAGCCUGCCUUACAUGAAUCCUCCCAGUGCCGGCUCCAAGAAUCUGUCCUCGUGUUGGAUGACACCAUGAGGACAGAUGUGGAGCCAACAGCUCUGUAUCUGUCAAACCUAUCCAUGUGUGAUGAUACAGCUGCUCUGGGUCUUCAGCAGUCAGCAGGAAGGGAUGCAGAAAAGCCUCAAGAUCCAGUCCUGUUCAGUGACCUUUGUGCCGAAGAGCUGAAGUCUGUGCAGGGUUCAAACCUGAGGAAUGAUAUUCCAGCUUCAGAUAAGAUAUUGGAGGUGGGCAGUGAGAAGGGGAUCCUGGAGGAGUCAGAGAUAACACUAGUGAGCCUGACAGACACCACACUGCAGGACCAAGAGACAAGCAUCACUGAGGAAGAGGGAAUUUGGGAAGGCAAACAUCCGGAUGGGGUGAGGGAGGAAGGACGGACAGGCCAAGAGAUGGAGAGUACAGAAUCCACAUUGUUACCAGAAGAGAUGCUAGAGGACAAGGACCAAACGCAUCCAGUGAUGUUCCUGGAGUUUCAGUGGGGUCCUAGCAGGGGUCUGCAGGAGGUCAACCAGCAGAAGCGCAGAGCUCUGCUCCAGAGAUCAUCCCGCAGGGUGGAAGACAUCAAGGCCAAAGGGGCUCUCAUCAAGAUUCAGCCUGAGAAACAAUCUCCAUCUGAAGCCAGAGAGCAAUCUAAAACAGAGGAAUCUAAACCAGUCACCCUCAAGGCAAAGACUAAACCAGAGCCUCAACAUAAGACUAAUAAGUCAAACAGAGGACAAGCUGAGCAGCAGCAGACCACUGAGAAGUCUGGCUUCAUCAAGCAGGAAAAGCCCCAGCUUCCCCCUCCAGUGAACGAUUCCAAGCUGAAAAAGGUGGAUGAGGUGAGAUGCUACACACCAGAGCAAAGGAAACGGGAUGUUUCUGAGAUGCACCAGAGAACUCAGAGACUGUAUGAGCAGCUGGAGGAGGUGAAGAAUCAGAAAACAAUCAGGAGCCGACAGGAAGCUUAUGCGAAAAACAGACUGAAAGCCAAGGAAUUCCACAAGAAAACCUUACAGAAGCUUCGUGCCAAGCAGAUUCAGCAGUGACCGACUUUGAAUGUGUUCUAGUUUUACUUCUGUAAAUUUAAGUUAAUUUGUAAAGUUUUUAUCAAUAAAGCAUUUAAGUUA